AUCGAGUGCCUACGCACCAAAUGGCUCAAAAUUCGCCAUAUGUGUAGUUGGAAUGUCUAUCAACUUGUAUACGGAAUGUCAUAGUGGUAUUUUCACCCGUUCUUGCAAUAUUCGUCUUCAAGCUGGCUCCUUCUUUGUCGACCAGAUUUCCCCCAUAUUGGUUUCUUCCUUCGGUCUUCGGAACACAAUACCCGAGUGAAGAUCUCGAGCUUUUCUGAAAAAGUUUAUUUUAAUUAUUUGAGCAUCUUGGAAACAUUUAACAUGUCAAGACGAAGUGGGCGCUUGGCGAAGAAGGGCGAUGCAGAAGAGGUUAAGCUAGUUGUAUGUGGGAAGAGAAAAGCCGAGUGUGCAUUGGAGGAAGAGAACAGGACCAUGCAAAUUCAGAGGAGAAGACAGCAGUUUCAGAUAAAGAAUUCGUGGAUUCCUAUCUCUGAAAGCUCCAGCGUAGCAACAUGUAGUCUUGUACCAACAGUAUUAGAUACCCACGAAGACAGGCUCCCCGCCACCCCAGUGGAUUUUGUACCACAUUCCAAGUUCCAGUUCAGGAAUCUCUUUCCUAUGCCUUCUCUGAGGACGUCGCCACUUCCGUUUCUAAACUGGGCAGAUUCUAGAGAAGUGUGGGAUGUGAUGGUACAGAAAGAGAGUAGUUACACAAGAGACGAUAAAUUCCUUGAUAGGCAUCCUCAUAUCCAUGCCAAAAUGAGAUCAAUUCUUUUAGACUGGCUUAUAGAGGUAUGCGAAGUUUAUAGGCUACACAGAGAAACUUACUACUUAGCCCAAGAUUUUGUAGAUAGAUACCUAGCAACACAGAAAGAUAUACCCAAAACUAGACUUCAACUUAUAGGAAUUACUGCUCUUUUUGUAGCAGCCAAAUUAGAGGAAAUUUAUCCUCCCAGAUUAUCAGAAUUUGCAUAUGUUACUGAUGGUGCUUGUACAGAAAAUGAAAUUUUAAUUGAAGAAUUAGUUGUAUUAAAGGCUUUAAAUUGGGACCUUUCACCCAUCACUGUAAAUACAUGGUUAAAUAUCUAUCUGCAAUUGUGCCAUCUGAAUAGGGUAGAAGAUAGUGGUGAUGACUUCACCUUCCCACACUAUUCUGCCAAUAUGUUUAUACAAGUAGCACAACUCAUAGAUUUAUGUAUGUUAGACAUAGAUUGUUUACAGUUUUCAUAUAGUAUCUUGGCAACAUCAGCAUUAUAUCAUAUGGCCUCGCCUGAAAUUUCUUUCAAAGUCUCAGGGUUAAAAUGGGAUGAUAUUGCAACUUGUGUUCAGUGGAUGACAGCAUUUUCAAUCACCAUCAGAGAGUCUGGCAUAGCGCCACUUAAGCAUUUCUCACAAGUGUUGACGGAAGACUCACAUAAUAUACAAACACAUGUUAAUGAUAUUAGCACACUGGAAAGAGCACAAGAAAGACAAUCACAGAUCAAUAGCGAAUCACUGCGUAAUAGUCCAGUCUUAAUGUCGUGUGUUCUCACACCACCACAGAGCACAGAAAAGCAUGGUGACAUAGCAGUAUAAACAGCUACAAUGCCAAUGUAAAUAGUCAAUCAGGGCAAGCUGAUGCAAUCAAAACUAAGCCUUGUCUCAGGUUCUUUUAAUGAUCAAGCAAAUGCGUAACUUCUCUACGCCAGUAUUCAUUUACAUUUACCCAUUAAUGCCCCCCUUAUUUUGGUACGUUUGUACUUUUCCUGUAAAUCUAGGAGACUCGCAUUUGCUUGGUUUUAAUGUUAUCGGAACAAAAGUUAGAUUUCCCUUUAGGGUUGGGUAGAAAUAUAUUUUAGGUAGUUUUUCAAGUCUGUAUUCGUAUAUAAUUGUAAUCUGUGCACCAGCUUUUGGUUACAGUACAGAUUUCAGUUGCAAUAUUAUUCAUCGUUUUGUAAUGUGCUCUACUGUUAGAACGUGUCAAUAACAAGCACAAAACUAUGCAAUCUUCAUACGAAUUACACUCGGAAUUAUUAAGUUUUAUCAAUUUAUUAGUAUCAAUUUAUUUGUAUUAUUGAUUAAUACAACCAAGGUGCUUUGCUACAUUGUAUUUAUACAAACACUUAAAUGUCCCAUAUUUUUUAUUUACCGAGAACGUGACAAUUGCUUGAUUUUAUUUCUUUUCCAAUUUGCGAAGAGGCUAUCAUUUCUUUUUCAGAGAGACUGAAGUACAGAUAAAAUUAGAAAUGAAAAUAUGUUUAUGAAAAAUAUUUAAUAUGUAAGUUAGGAAUGGAAUGGGGUUGGGAACAGGGUAAAAUUUAGUUGAGCUUGAACUGAAAUGUACUAUGAAGUAGUUAUCAUUUAUAGCCCUGAAAUUGUUCAGAAUAAGUGUAGAUGCAACUAUUGCAGAUAUAACUCCCAAAAAAAUGCUUAAAAAUAAGUUAUUAAUUGUAACAUUUUUUGUUACUUGGUGUUUGAAUUUGAGUUUUAUACCAUAUUUACCAUCAACAAUUCAAUUCCAUCUCUGUACAAGUUUUAUAAUCAAAAGCUCUCAUGUUAUUGAUGGUUUCAUGAUGUAAUCGUACAUAAAAAUCCCCUAUCCCUAUUUAAAAUGGAAGAAUGAUUACUUCAAAAUGCUAUCAGGAGUGCUUUUUGCUAAUUAUUAAAACUGUCAUUUUAAGUUUUAUUAUUCUAGUUGUACUUUCUUUUUCUUUCAAACCAGAAUGUUAUCUCACUUACAUAUUUGUAAUUUUAUUUGCUGUAAGCACAAGAUACAAAGUUAAAAGGGAAAUGGGCAAUCCAGUUAGUGUGGCUGAAUUGACAAAAAAAAAGAAUUUUGUGUUAGAGGGUAUGCUUCCUUUAAUGGAAGUUUUACUUAAGUUUUUUUAGACAGUCUCUUGUUGUACCAUGUUGGGUCAUAAUAUAUGAAUGACGUGUAUCUUGACGUUUUUAAAGUCCAAGAAUGUAUGAUAGGAACAAGUAAGUUUUAAUACACAUCUUUGAGCUUCCCAUAGGUCUGAGAUCAGUUUUCUCUUUGAAUUUGUAAAACAUAAAUUUAUUUUUGUUGUAGGGAGAAUUGUUAAAAUAAAUGAAAUCUCUCAAGAA